AUGGUAUUUCAUUAAAUAAAAUUUGAAUAAACAUUCCUAUUGAAUUUAUUUAAGAAUUAAGUACAAGUUCAACAAAAUAAGAACUUUUAUUAUAUCUCUAAAGAUUUUUUUAAGAAUUAAUUUGUCAAAAAGUUUAUUAAUAUUUACUUAGAAUCAAUAGUCUUAAGAUGAUUAAAAUAUCGAAUAUGUUAAGGGCAUUUUUGAAUCAAAAUUAACAUUCAAAUAGAGUGACCUUAAUAAGUCAUAAGUUUUAUCAUUUUUAAUUUUAUAAGAAUUUGAAUAUUCUUUUUAUAUAUUUAUUAAGUAAAUAUUAUGAAUUAAGUUUAAGGUAUUAUAAUUAUUCCUAAGAUUUGAAUAGUUAGAUAUAGGAUUAUAUUUAGGUGGAAUUAUUGGAUUUAUAUUUGCUAGUUUUUUGUUGA